CCCCGAGGUGACACCUGAUUCCUUCGUCUGCUCCUUGCCGCCAGAGUCCAGCAGCCAUGAAGGGGGAGCUGGGCCUGUGCCUGCUGCUCGUCGGCCUUGCAACCUCCUGCCUCUCCAGGCCAGAUGCCCGCCAGCUGGGCAGAGCGCCGGGCCCCGAGGAGCGCAGGAGCAGCGGGACUGACCCUGGCCCUGGCCCUGUCCGGAGAGACUUGCUCGGGGCCCUGUCUCAGGACCAGAAGCUCCUCAUGGCCAAAUUCCUGCCCCACAUCUACGCAGAGCUGGCAAACCGGGAGGGCCACUGGCACGAGGACGAUGCCCUGCGCUCCCCGCACGACCACGACUAUCCCGGCUGGAUGGAUUUCGGGCGCAGGAGCCUGCCCGAGUCAGACGAGGCCGCCUAGGAGCAGCAUCCCGCGUGGCUCAGCUCCGCCCUGCGGGGAUGGGGGGGCAGGAGCUGCAGGCUCCACCCCCAGGAC